AUGAAUAUUACAACCCGCACCCAGUCGAAAUUGCAAUCAUGCAAGGCAAGCUCGAAGGUCUCGAACGCAAAGUGCCAAAAAGACAACUCCCUCCCACCUAGUUCCAAUCGCAAAAAAGUCUCCGAUAUCGCAGAUACCAAAGCCAAACGGGUUCGCACAGGCUGUUUGACUUGUCGCGAGCGACAUUUAAAAUGUGAUGAAGCCUUAGGGCGGUGUCUCAAUUGUCAGAAAUCAGAUCGGCUCUGCCGACGAGGCAUUCGGCUGAAUUUUAUUGAUAUACAACUACAUAUUCCUCCAUAUCUUCCCCCACGCCCUGAAGGAGCGGAGGUUUUAUUUCAGGAUGAUUCGCGUAUAAUUGCGUCUGAGUAUGUCGGGGGCUUUGAAAGAUACCCACCAGAGCAGCCGGAGAGUCCAAGUCCAAUUGAGGAGAUGAGACAGCUACAGCAUGAGUUCCUCAAUUCCGUGGGACAUAAUCAGUUGACAAGUAUGUUUCAUUCGGUCAAUCACUCUUUUGAUCCCUCUGUCUUCGACAUCACUCACUCUACUACCGCGGGGUUGCUUCUCGGAUCUGAUAUAUGGCAUAAUCCUGGCCAUGUAUCCGGGGAUGAAUUGCUUCUCUACGGAACGUCGAACUUUGUACGGAAAUUGGCAAUGAAGCAGUAUAGCCCUUCUUCCUUGACCGAUCCCGAACAAGUCCUUCUUUUCCAAGCCUUUGUCGAAGAGGUUGGGCUUUGGAUGGACGCAAUAGAUACAAUGAGACAUUUUACUCAGAUCCUGCCAUUCCACGCAAUUGAUGAGCCCAUACUCCUCCAAGCUUUCCUUGCUUGUGGGGCUCGGCAUCUCUCACUUGUCAAUGAAUCUUUCGAAACGGGAAAGCCUGAGCAUUAUUACAACGCAGCCACACAGGAUCUUCUUAGCGCUGUUCAUGAUCCCGAUCGGGAUUCUGUUCUCUGCACUAUCUCUGCUGUUGUUCUCGGUGUCUAUGAAAUGAUGUCAGCACAGUCUAUCUGCAAAAUCAACCACAUCGCAGGAUCCAGAGCCCUGAUUCGUGAAUGUGGAUGGUCUGCUAAAACACCUGGUCUUGGUGGCGCUUGCUUUUGGUUAAGUGUGAGCAUGGAGCUACUCAGCUGCCUACAGCAUAGCUGGUUGCUAUCGUGGGAUCCAGAUACCUGGGGCGUCGACAUGGAUAUGAAUCAACACCACACACACUGGAAAGGAGAAGACGUUUGGUUGCAUCGGAUUAUCUAUAUUUGUGCGAAGAUUGCGAAUUUUCAAGUCUAUCUACAGCAGGCAUUAUCAUCAGGAGAACCCUUGAGCCAGAGGACCAAGCUUGAUGCGUUAGUGCAUCAGUGGAAUCACUUAAACUCCUGGUGUGAGCAAUGGGCCACUUCUAUUCCACGAUCAAUGAAUCCUCUCAGUUAUAUGCUACCAUGGCAAACCGACACUAAGUCCACAUUUCCAAAGAUCUGGAUUAUUAAACGACCGGCCAUUGUGGCGCAAUUGUUUUACCAUACGGCCUGUAUCUUGCUUGCCAAGUCACAUCCCAUGAAAUCAAGCAUAUAUCUGGUAAUGAAUAAAAUACAGCAAACCCAUACAUACGACAUCUGCGGUCUGGCGGCAAACACUAAGGACAAAAGUGUUGCAAACAUCUCCAUUCGCUGCAUUGCAAUCGCAGCAGAGUGUAUAGAAGCCCGCGAGUCACAGGAAGAAGUCCUUGGUAUAUUUGACUCCAUCGCUAAAGAUACCAGCUGGCACACUGGGCCAAUCAAAGAAGAGCUGAAACAUAGAUGGGGCUGGGCCCUUCAACAUCCGGAGACUAUUGAUCCAAUAAAGAUGUACGAUGACUGUUACGAGCUGGACCCGGCAUUGCCGACUCUCAAUCAUCAUGAAUUUCCUUCUAAUAAUUCCAAUCCCAUUUUGAAUAUGGCUGAUUUCUCGAUGGAGAAUCAUCCAUACCAGGGUUACUAUGUCACCCCACAUCAUGCCCUCUCUGGCUACCCCUGCGACCAGUUUUUGGCGUAA